UAUUUAUAUAAUAGAGAGAAUAGCUUUUGAAGGAAAGGGUAUUCUUUGAUUAAACAUAGCUAGAAUCUUUUCUUUUUCUUCUUCUUCUUGUUUUUGUUAUGGCUUACAAGUUAUAGUCUCAAGAAACAAGGGGACAAAAUUGUCACAAAAGGGUUUAUAAGUUUAGUUCCUUUAGGAUACUUAUUAAUUUGGGUUUUAGGAUUUCUUUUUUGUAUGAUGGAAGGUGAUUGUUGUUCAACUUCAAGUUCAACAAGCGGGGAGAAGCGAAAGGUGAAAAGGCAACAGCAAAAAGAGAAACCAUUCCGAGGGAUAAGGAUGAGGAAGUGGGGGAAGUGGGUUGCUGAAAUCAGAGAACCAAACAAGAGGUCUAGGAUUUGGCUCGGUUCUUACACCACCCCUAUAGCUGCUGCUCGUGCCUAUGACACCGCUGUUUUCUACUUGCGUGGACCUUCCGCCAGGCUCAACUUCCCUGACCUCAUAUUACAAGAAGACGACCUUAGGGACAUCUCAGCCGCUUCCAUACGCAAGAAAGCAACCGAGGUUGGGGCCAAAGUCGACGCUUUACAAACCUCGGUUCAUCAUCAGGCUUCUUCAUCAGAAUCAUCAAACCCUGGUCGAGUUUUCUCGAAGCCUGAUUUAAACAAGUACCCUGAAAGUUCUGAUGAAGAUUGAAACGAUAUAAAAGUGAUGAUGAUCUUAAACCCCCCCCCCCAAAAAAAAAU